CCUGCCCUUCCAGGCCUCCGCUCUAUUUAUCCAUUUCUUCUCUCCAAACCCGCUUCGCCUCGAUCUCGAUCUCUCGCUCGCUUGUGGUCUCACACUACUACUAGCUGUGGCAGUGGCGCCAAUGGAGGAAUUAGCACCGGAGCUGAUCGGCCCGAGGAUCUCCUUCUCUCACGACGGCGUCGUGGCGACCGCCGGAGCGGCGACACCGGCGGCGCGGUCGGACACGUCGCUCGUCGUCGUCAUGUCGUCGUGGCGGCGGCUCCCCGAGCCGGAGUUCGACUUCGCCAAUGCGGCCGCCGCCGACGUCGCGCCGGCCGAUCGACUCUUCGCCGGCGGGAAGCUGCUGCCCGUGCCGCCGUUGCCGCCGGUUCAUCCCAAGCCAAGCCCGUGCAAGCAGCAGCAGGCAACAAGCGGCGGCGGCGUGAAGCCGACGAGUUACCAGAGGCGGCCGGGUUCUUGGACGUCGCCGUUCACGCGCAGCUGCAGCGUGAAUUCCGCCACGACGGCGGCGCCGCGGUCGGGGUCGGGGAGCUUCAGCUGCCCGUCGUUCCCGCUCAUGCGGAGCCGAUCGGCUGGCUCGGCGGCCGCGGCGCAGGGCGGCGGCCUCGGCGGCGUCGUCUCGGGCGGCGGUCACCACCGGCCGCCGCAGCACAAGAAAGCCGGUGCUACAGCAGCAGCUUACUACUAUGGGGGCAGCAGAAAUGGCAGCUCCGGCCAUGGCGUUAGGGUUAGCCCGGUGAUCAACGUGCCAUCCAUUGGCACCAGCAUGGUGAACAUGCUGAGCUACUUGCUCUGCGACUGUGGCAACAAGACCACCAAGAACAGGGGUUUCGGACUUAAUUGCUAGCUUAGGUGGUAGUAGCUUAGAUAGAAGUAAUUAAACGAUUAAGCAAAUGUACUCAUCAUGCUUGCUAAGAUUCUAAAUUCACUACUACUAGUCAAUUGGGCUAUGAAUUGUGAUAAAUUUUCGCUAGUUUGACGCUGAUGAUGAUGCUCCUCGAUCUAGCUUGUGUGAGGGGAACAGAUGGCAAUCAAUUUAAUGAAGUGAUCUUUCUUGAAAA